AUGACAGAGCUAGAGGCGCGGACCACCAUUGUAAGCUCUUGUGUCCAGUUCAGAAUUGACUACGAGCAGACCAAGCAGUUUCCCAUCGGCAAGGCUGUCCACUCCGACGUCGUCUCCGCCGGAGGACACCUCUGGAGGAUUGACUGCUACCCGCAUGGGAGAAGGGUAGCCGACAAAGGUGAAUAUAUUUCCAUCUUCCUCGUGCACAUUACCAAAUCCAGAAGCGUCAGGGCCAAGUGCGAGGUCUUCAUGAUGGGUAGGGACGGCAAACCAUCUACAUCUGACAUGGGAAUUAUGUGCCAGACCUUCGAAAUCAGUGGGCUCAAGGACUCAUGGGGAUGGGCUCAGUUCAUGAAGCUUAGUGAUGUGGAGAAACGUUUCUUGAAAGAGGGACACAUCACAUUCACAUGCACGAUCAUGGUCAGUGAUGACAGUGCUAUUCCGGUCCUGGUCCCGCCUUCAGACAUCGGGAUUCAUCUUGGCCGCCUGCUAGAUAAUACUGAUGGGACAGAUGUGUCAUUCACCAUCGACGGCGAGAAAUUCCCUGCUCACCGGGCAGUGCUUGCUGCCCGCUCGCCGGUCUUCAGAGCAGAGUUGUUCGGUUCCAUGGCUGAGGCUACAAUGUCAUCCAUCACGUUGCACGACAUCACACCUGCAACAUUCAAAGCUAUGCUCCGGUUCAUAUACACGGAUGAAUUGCCUGCAGAAGCUGACCCUGAGGACUCUUCUGUUGAGAUGUUUCAGAAUCUACUCGCUGCGGCUGAUCGGUAUGCACUUGAACGACUAAAGUUUAUUUGUGCCGAGAAUCUACGGGCUAAAGUGUCGGCAGAUACUGUUGCAACUAUCUUAGCUUCCGCCGAAACCCACAACUGCCACGAGUUGAAGAAAAAGUGCAUCGACUUCUUUGCGGUGGAGGAAAAUUUCAAAGAGGCCAUGUUCACCGAUGGUUAUGCAUUGCUAGUUCUGAAAUUCCCAUCAAUUACUGCUGAGCUCAAAAAGAGGGUUAGGGCAUAGCACGUCUAUACCUCAGCCGUAGAAGCAUAGCUUCAGUAUUGUUUUGGUAUAUAUAUGGCGAGUAGUUUCUGACAUCAGGUCAAGCAUGCAAUCUCUGUUUGGGGAGCCUGGGAGCUCGAUAUUGCAGAAUCUUGCUAAGUGUUGGGCUUAGUCGCUAUGAGUACCGAUAAGUGUGCUGUCAGAUCACUCAGAUGCAAAGUUAA